AGUAAUUGAUCUAAACCCCAACUUAAGCUGAGCUUUGCUGUAGCAGGAAAACCCAAGCUCAGCAAAGGGUUAAAACUGUUCCUUCCCCCUGAUUGCUCCGGCUCCUGCCAGGCGGAAGUUGGAACGAGCAGUUCAAGUUCAAGCCUUGUUUCUGUGCAUGAUUUCUCCUCAGGAACCGGCCAGGAAGGAGCUCCAGAGAUGGCCCAAGAUUCCCAGUGCCAGAAUUCCCACCUUUAUUACUACAGCAUCAAAUUUGCCCUCUCCACCUACUCCACGCUGUUCUCGAUCCUGGGCCUGGUGAUCCUGUGCAUUGGGAUUUAUGCCGAGGUGGAGAGGCAGAAGCACAAGACCCUGGAAGGGAUUUUCCUGGCUCCAGCCGUGAUCCUGCUUCUGCUGGGAGUCACCAUGUUCGUGGUGUCCUUUGUGGGAAUGGUGGGGAGUCUCCGGGACAACCGGACACUGCUGAAGACGUUCUUCUGGGUCCUCCUGGUGAUCUUCCUCACAGAGCUGCUGCUGCUCUUCAUCGAAAUCAUCUUUGAGAACAAGAUGAACGAGGUUUUCCACUCCAACAUCCAGGAGGGCAUCAGGCACUACUACGACGACCUGGACUUCAAGAACAUCCUGGAUUUUGUGCAACAAAAGUUUUCCUGCUGUGGUGGGGAUGAAUAUCGAGACUGGGGGGUCAACCAGUACCACUCCUGCAACAGCAGUGGGCCCCUGGCCUGUGGGGUGCCCUACACGUGCUGCAUCAGGAAGGCCCCUGGAGAGGUCGUGAACACCCUCUGUGGGUACAGGACACUCGACAAAGAGCGCUUGGAGCUGCUCAGCAUCAUCCACGUCCGGGGUUGUAUCCACGCCGUGGGGCUCUGGCUCAAGGACAACUUCGAGGCCACUUUGGGCAUUGUUUGCUCCCUGCUGCUCCCACAGGUGGUGGGGCUGGUGAUGGCCUGGCUCUACUGGCAGAAGCUCAAUGAGAUCUACUCCAAGCUGGACACCGUGGACUUCAGGAUCCUGGAGCUGCGGGAUUUCAGCUUCGGGGCCGUGGAUCUGAGCGGCGCCGGCUGGUGCUGGUGCCUGCCCAGGGAAGGGGGGUACAUCCCUGUCAGCCCUGGGGACGAGGAGGAAGAGGAGCAGGAGGAAGGCAGCACAUCCCACAGCAAAGUGUGAGGAGCUGGAGGACUCAGAGAGCUCUGGAGGAGGCAGCGGGUGUCGAGCGUGGAAAUAACGCGAUUUAUCUUCUCAGGUUCUGGAGGUGCUCUGGGGAGAACGGAGCACUGGAAGGCUCAAAAACCUUCCAUGUGGGCACAGGAGCUCCCCAGGGUCCUCCUGCUUGGCCUUUUGAAGUGUUUGUGCAGCUCCUGGUUGGGGUUUGGGGGGUUUUUUUUAUACAAUAAAUGUGAAUUCUCUCGUGUUUUGC